UGUGGGUAUAUUAGAGUGUAGCACUUCAUGGUAAUGUAUAUUGAGGGAUUUGGAGUGGUGGCUCAAGAGCCACCUCUGUGGAUGCUCUAACAUAUCUCUCUCUGAGUGUGUGUAUUUCUCUCCCCAACAAAAACAUCUUUCCUGGGAUCUUUCACCAUCUCUUUCAGAUGUCAGGUGCCGAGAAGAUAAAUAAAGGACUUCAGUUCAUUGAAGAUUUCACUUCAAACGCUGAUGAAAUUCAAAGGAAGGUUCUUGAAGAGAUACUCUCUCACAAUGCCGAAGUUGAGUACCUGCAGAGACAUGGCCUUGAAGGCCGCACAGACCGUGAGACUUUCAAGAAAGUCAUUCCUAUGAUCACCUAUGAAGAUAUAAAACAUGACAUCGACCGUAUCGUCAAUGGUGAUGCCUCACCACUUCUCUGCUCAAAUCCUAUUUCAGAGUUAUUGACAAGUUCUGGAACUUCAGGUGGUGAGAGAAAGUUGAUCCCAUUGACUGAAGAAGAUCGGCAGAGGAGGAUCCGGCUAAGCAGCCUGGUAGUAAAGCCUGUGAUGAGCCAGUUUAUGCCUGGUCUUGAGAAAGGCAAAGGAAUGUACUUUUUGUUCAUAAAAUCGGAGAGUAAGACAGCCGGUGGUCUUGUGGCUCGCCCUGCUUUGGCUAGCUAUUACAAAAGUCUACUUUUUAAGGAUAGACCUUAUGACCCUUAUACAAACUACACUAGCCCAAAUGAAACCAUUCUCUGCCCUGACUCUUACCAGAGCAUGUACUCGCAAAUGCUUUGUGGCCUCUGCCAACACAAGGAAGUCCUUAGAGUUGGUACUGCUUUCGCCUCUGGAUUCAUUCAGGCAAUUCAAUUUCUUCGAAAACAUUGGCCGCUCCUUUGCAGUGAUAUCAGAACUGGCAUAAUUAACCCCCAAAUCACCGAUCCAUCGGUCCGGGAAGCUGUGAUGAAAAUUCUCAAACCUGACCCUAAACUCGCUGAUUUCAUUGAGGCUGAGUGUGGUAAGGAUUCUUGGCAAGGGAUCAUCAAAAAAUUGUGGCCUAAUACCAAAUAUAUUGAUGUUAUAGUGACUGGCACUAUGUCACAGUACAUCCCAACACUUGAUUACUACAGCCAUGGCCUCCCACUUGUGUGCACCCAGUAUGCUUCCUCUGAGUGCUACUUCGGUGUCAACCUUAACCCUCUCUGUGACCCAAGUGAAGUCUCUUAUACCCUCAUCCCCAACAUGGCCUAUUUUGAAUUCUUGCAUGUCGAUAGAAGCAAUGGCGUCACUAAUUCAAUUUCCAUGCCCCAAAUUCUUAAUGAGAAGGAGCAACAAGAACUUGUUGAUCUGGUUGAUGUCAAGCUUGGACAGGAGUAUGAGCUUGUUGUCACCACUUAUGCUGGGCUGUAUCGCUACAGAGUUGGUGAUGUGCUGAGAGUGGCAGGCUUCAAGAACCAGGCCCCGCAAUUCAAUUUCAUAUGCAGGAAGAAUGUGGUUCUUAGCAUUGAUUCAGACAAGACUGAUGAGGUUGAGCUGCAAAAUGCUGUGAAUAAUGCAGUGACCAAUUUGUUCCCAUUUGAUGCGACACUAGCUGAGUACACUAGUUAUGCGGAUACCACUACAUUCCCAGGUCACUAUGUGCUAUAUUGGGAACUUACCCUCAAUGGCUCAACUCCAAUUCCACCAUCAGUGUUUGAGGAUUGCUGCUUGACCAUUGAAGAGUCACUGAACAGUGUGUAUCGACAAGGGCGUGUGUCGUUUAAGUCAAUUGGGCCAUUAGAGAUCAAGAUUGUUGAACCAGGGACAUUUGAUAAGCUCAUGGACUAUGCAAUCAGCUUAGGUUCAUCAAUAAAUCAAUACAAGACACCUAGAUGUGUGAAAUUUGCACCCAUUGUGGAGCUCUUGAAUUCUAGGGCUGUGUCAAGCUAUUUCAGUCCAAAAUGUCCCAAAUGGGUCCCGGGCCACAGGCAAUGGAGCAACAAGAAGGAAUAGGUCUCCCAUGUAGUAGGUUUGAAGAACUGCAAGGUCAAGCACUAACCUUUUACCCUUGAAGCUUCAACCACCACCUUGCGGUGUGCGGUUCUGUACUCAGUCUUGAACUUAUAAUUUUCCAAUGUGAAAUUGGUUUCCCUACUUUAUGUGGGUACCUUAGAGAUUAAUUUCUCAUUCAUUCCAUAUCGGUUUUUGCAAUGUAAAUAUACCACGUUCAUCUAC